GCACGGGAAACGCGGGCUGGCGGGAGGACGGCAGAUGCCGCCGCUGCCCAGUGGUUCACCGCACCGCUCUGCCGCUGCCCCGACCCCGCGGCACAGCCCGGGCGCCCCUCGGGGGGAGGUGCCGGUGGGACGGGGCGCGGGAGCUACCCGCGGGGCGGUCCCUGGCGAGGGGUGCCUCGGGCGGGGGGCGCCGGCGGGCCGGGGCGGGGCUGGGCGAGGGCUGCCCGGGAGCUCCCGCUGCCCCUGCGGCCGGCAGGCUUCCUCCGCGCCCCACACUUCCUGCCAGCCCUGCCCUGCUGUGCUGAGGCGUGCCCUCCCCUCCCUGCCCGCCGUGCCUCCGACCGCCGCUCUCCCUCGCAGCGGGCGCCGGGGGCUGCGGGGGGCGCGGCACGGGCCGUCGCCUUCCUGCUCGGCGCGGCGGCUCGGGAAGUUGAGGUUUUCACACUGUUGUGGUUCUUUGGGCUUGUGUUUUUCCUGAAAUGGUAGGACUAGGAAACAGCUGCCGAGGGAUGAAGUCUCCACCCCUCCUCGUAGCUGCGCUUGUGGCGUGCAUCAUUGUUUUGGGUUUCAAUUAUUGGGUUGCAAGUUCUCGCAGCGUGGAUCUGCAGGUUCGGAUCAUGGAUCUGGAAGGCAAAGUCCGCCGUGCGGCAGCAGAGAGGGGUGCCGUGGAACUCAAGAAGAAUGAAUUCCAAGGGGAGCUUGAGAAGCAGCGGCAGCAGAUUGACAAAAUCCAGUCCUUGCACAGUUUUCAGAUGGAAAAUGCCAACAAGCUACAUCAGGAAGAGAAGGCAGUGCUCAUGAGUAACAUCACAGUAAAUGACCGAUUGAUCCAAAGUCUCCGAGAACACUUGAAAGAGUUACAGACAGAAUAUGGAAAGCUACAGCUGAAUGUUUAUUGGUUUCAGAAGAACCAGACUAACCUUCAGAGGAAGUUCUCAUAUGACCUGUCACAAUGCAUCAACCAGAUGAAAGAAUUAAAAGAACAAUGUGAAGAAAGGAUAGAUGAGCUCACAAAAAAGAGCACUGAUGUACCACAAAUCAAAGAAAACAAAGACUUAUCAGAAGAUUUGGAAAAAAAUAGCCAGGUCAGUAUUCAACUGCCUACCUUGGAGCAAACUGAGUUCAAGCAGGCUGACUUGGAACAGCAGAAACCCAAUGAAAAUGUACCUAAAGCAGUACCUACGGUAAAAAAGAUAGACCCGCUGGAGGCUAAAGAAAGAAUAAAUAGCCUAGCUGACAUCAGAAAACAGGAGCCUAAGGCAGAAGAGGAGAAGCUUUCUAGUCCAGUGAAGGACCUGCAGGAUCCACCCAAGGCUGCUGCUGGUCUUAAGGAGAUGAUGCUGCCUCAGUCAGAGAAGGAGCUGAAUCCUGAAGAUGACAAACAAGUAGCUGGGCAAGAUGUGUUACAGCCAGCUGCAGAGCAGGCUGCCAGUGAGGAAGUUGAGAGGGAGCAACUCCUGAAUUACGAUGCUAAGCAGGACUCACCACCCGUAAAGGCUGACAAACAGGAGCAUGAAGCACUGAGCCAAGAUAGGGAAGUUGAUUACAAUUUAGAUGAGAAUGAAGCUGAAUCAGAAACGGACAAGCAAGCAGCACUUGCAGGGAUUGAAAAUGUUCAAAACCCUGAAGAUAUGAAGAACCGCUUAUCUGAGCAUAGUGAAGAACGACAGAGGUUGUGAACAAAGGAAGUUCAUGAUGCAGCUUAAGUCACCUCUUCAUAUAAAUGCUGCAAUGAUGAGAGCAAAGUGAUCUGAGAAUGUUUCAAUUAUCUUCUCAAGGCUUCAGUAAGAGACUUAAUGAAGUAGUAUUUUCUUGUGAAGUUUUAGUACUGCUUCAGUGGUGGGGGGAAAAAAAAAUCUUAAAUCUCUGGAGGCUUGUUUAAAAGCAGCCUGACCUCUGCAAUGACUCUUUCCUUCCUAUUGAUUAUAGAUUUGAAACCAGGUAGCAGUAAGCUUAGUAACUCUGAAGUCGGCUACCUUGUACAGUCAUAUACUACAGUAACAGCAUCUGUGGAUUGGUGGUAGACGAGAGUCCUCUGCCAAGGACAGAUCUCUCCCCUGAGCAGUGCAGUAGAGAAAUUCCAGCCUAGUUUUCAAAGGAGGUUAAGAGGAGCUAACUUGACAAAACAUGGGAAGGAUAAAAAAUGACCCAUGCUGCUGUCUACCACCAUUGUGCCUGUUCUGGCGCAUUUUACUGCAAUGUGGGAAGACUUCAAAAACAUGAUCGUAAUCCUCGGAUACUGUGCAGUAUGAUAUAUUUUCCUGGGCCUCCUAAGAGAAGUUACUGGUUUACACUGUCUGUAACCAGCUGAAGCACCUCUAAGAACCUGGUUGUGUUCUUAGGUUUUAGGUUAAGAAAAGAAGGACCUGGACAAUAGCGUCCUCUCAUUAAGAGAUAAGCCAGGGAGAAAGCUGGUUUAGACUUCUGUUCACAAGAUGUGUACCACAGUAUGGUUCAGUUACCACUAACUUGCACAAGUUCAGACAGUAAAAAUUCCAACUCCUGAACUUUUCAUGACAGAAGCUACCUGAAAUGGUGUGCUACAACUACCCUUUACUCCACCCAGCUACUAUCUUCUGCUAAAAAGCAAAAAGGCAAAUGCUUGCCCUGUAGCAGUCAUCUCAGAUGUUCAAAGUGACUUAUAUUCUCUGCUGGAUUUCUGAAGAAGGUAAACUAGACUAUGCAUUUACCAGACAUCUCAAUGUCUCCCACAUGUGGAGCUGCAGUUCUGUGAAGUCCUAUGUUAUGUAUAAUGUAUCUUAUUGCUAAUGUUCUGUAGCCUUCGUCUUUCCUGUAACUUGUUGAAUGUAAACUGGAAACUAGUUUACUAGUGAUAACCUAGAAAUACCCUCUGCUACCUGCAGUGUGUAGUCAGCUCUUUGGAAGUUCUCAAGCCUGGCACCUGUGUUUGGAGCAAUUUUUGUGAAUAUGAACCAACCUCUGUGAGGACAGCAUGGGAGCAGAGACAUGACUAACUUCCCAACCAGCAAUUCAAAAAUACAAAAACCCCCACAACUGUCUCUUGGCUUUCUCUCAAUGAACUUCAUUGUGUAACUGUUUUUGUGGGGUGUCAUUCCUCAGUGUAUUAGUUUACAACUCCUGUAACCUUACUUAAGAUGCCUAAAUACGCAUGUGGAAGGUUGGUUGGUUUGUAUAUGAAGAGUAUUAGUUGUCAUAGAUGAAAUGCAGAGCUCAAGUCAAAUGGUGCCUAUUAAGCCUAAAUGUGUAAAGAGUUCACUGAUAGCCUUGCUACAUGUAACUUGAAUUCUUGUAAGAAAAGAACUAACUUCCAUUAUUGAGUCCCUUGUUACUCUUGUUUUUUCACUAUUUAAGUCAGACUUCACAGUUCUGGGCUACUACUGUCAGUGUAGCAGGGAAAACAAAUCCUUGUAAGCAGGAGAGAAAAGGAGGUAUGUCUGCUACAUAGAAUUUUAAAUUAAAGAACUUUUAGUUGAACAAAACAAUAGAUUCACUUGGAACUGUGGUUUACAUAGUGUUUCCUAUCACUAAACAUUUUAGUUGCCUACGGCAGGGAAAGAUCUUUGAUGUAAUCAUCUCGGAGUUAAGUAACACUAGUCCUUGCUGUUUUUUAAAAAACUAAGCCAAAUCCAUUUUAGAUAAGCAUUUUAAAAUAAAGAUAGUCUUCUCUA